AUGGCCCUCUCAGAAGGGCCCCAGCUAGGCAGCUGGGGGGUGGCAUGGCCUGUGGUGCUGCAGAAAGAGGAAAGACAGAGGGGGGUGCUGACAGGAGAGUUUGCAGCCCUUGGGGAAUCAGCUGUUGUCCCCCAACAUUCCCCUACCUGGAGCUGGAGAGAAGAUGGGGCCGUGAGAUGGGUGUACACCCCACCACUGUGUGCACGAGAAAAGGAGAGUUCCCAGCGGUGGAUCCUCCACGGCUGGAGUGCCGGGGACACAGGCGGCAGACGGCCGCAGAAGCCUCAAGGCUGCGCGCGCGAAGAUGCGGCGCAGACGGGGCUCCCCAACCCCGGACACGCCAGCGGCAGGCUGGGAAGCCCAGGAAACCCCGGGUCCCCGUCGAAACCGCCCGGCACCCAGUCCCCGCCCGCAGCUCCCAGCCAGAGCAGGCCACCGGGCCCGAUACGUGAGAAAGCCGAGGGCUCCCCAGGAUCCCGGGGGAGAGGUUACCUCGAAGCGAGGGGAUGCAACCCCGUCUGGGUGUCUGUGAGCACAGCGUCUGCCCCAAGCCGGCGCCUCGACACUGCCGGAGUCAGGGGUGUGAGGUCCUCGGAGAGGAGCCGUCCGGGGGGCCGCGGCUCAGGGGCGCGGGGCGACGGCAGCGGCCAUGGCGAGUCACGUGCGGAGGCUGAAACUUUACCCGGAGCCCCAGACUGGGGGGGCGGAGGGUAUGGAGCCGGGGUGGGAGGGAGGCUCCCCGUCUCGAAGGCCCGCCCUUUGCAGCCACGGGCCAAUCACUAGCCGGGGGCGGGCUCUCCGGCUCACACCCGUCCCUCUCUCCUUAAUAGACCCAGGGAAGGGCGAGUUUAAGACUCCUUUAAGAGGAGACGCUUCCAGCCGACGGCUGGACCGUGGGAAUCUUGGAGAAUCCCUCCCUCAAAACGCCAGAAAGAGAUUCAGAGCGAGAAGGGGGUGUGUGUGUGAAGCUCAGAGAAAAGAAUAAAAAUAAGACUCGGCGGAGAAAGAACCUCAGUGUGCGGUACCCUACACACUCCCUUCCCCCAGCUACACGCCCACACUCCCAGGGACACACACAUCACACACACCUACUAAACCUGGGAAGAGAGGAGGUGGUGUAAUAUGGAAGAGAACGCACUGACUCCUGCCCCAGCUGUCAAGUCUUUGUCUCUCCUAAUCACAAUCCUCCGGGGCCAGCUGAAACUGAAAGCUAUCUGACCUUGAGCAAGCCACUUCCCUUCUCUGGACCUUUAUACUUCUCAUCUGCAAAACCCAAGUACAGAGAGUGGACGUCUUCUCCAUACGACUGUCUUUCCCCAACACCUCUCCAGCUCGAGUGGGUUAGAGGAAACUUUCUAACUCAAUGCAAUUCCUCCGAGCAGCUAGCUUUUCCGUAUCAUCAUACCAAAAGAUAAGCUCUUGGGUCAGCCAGGACACCCCCACCCCCUCCAUUCUAGAAGGCUCCACUCGAGUGGCCAGGGCAGCUCAUGCAUGUUUCAGGACAGGAUCUGAAUCAGACUCCAUCUGCAGACCUCAGACCUCAGUCCCCAACUGUCACAAGCCCCUUCCCAGCCAUUCGGGAGGCUAAAGUCCCUACCGCUAUAGCAGUCCACAGGAGGAGGGUGGGUCCACUAUGGAGAGCCUCCCUCAUCGUGUUCCUGGGCAGAGAAGUGGCAGUGCCCCCACAGGACAUCCCACUGGAAAGGGAAGUGCCACACGCCCAGGCCUCCACCCUCGAGAAGAGACGCUCAGUCUGAUCAGGUGGCUCGAUUUGCAGACUAGGAACAGAAGGUCCGAGGCCCGCAUUGGAUUUUGUCCACGGUUGCAUCGUUUGCUGAACCCAGCCUAGGACUGUGGUGUCUGCCUGUCUCUCUCUGGCUCUGCUCGGCGGCCGAGGAAGGUAGCACAGGUCAGGUCGGUGGGAUGCUCUGCCCAGAGGUCGGACCGACGCAAGGGAAAACUAGGCAAAGCGGAGCUGUGCUUCCCCAGGCCCUUCCCGCCCGCUGGGCCAGAGCAGUCUCCCACUCCUGUCUGGAUUUCCGCCGGUGCUAACUACCCGCCCAGCCCCUCCCUCCUGCUCCGUCCCGUCCCGUUCUGUCCCAUACAGAUCCAUCCACAAACAUGCGCUCAGCAGGCAAGAAUGCACCAAUGGCUCCCAGAUGUGGAGGCCGCCGCUUAACCCCUUACCCUCCAAGCAACCCACCCACACAUCCCCUUUGAGCCUUCCAGCCAGAGUCCCACCAUCUUCAGGGGCCUCCAACCCAAGUGAGAAACCAGGAUAAGAGGGGCCUAGGGCCAGUCCACCUCUAUCUAGCUCCUACAGGCUCCUCCCAGCCUAGAUCCUUUCAGACAAAAAAGGGAAAGUUCACCGGCAGGAAACUUCAGGUGUGCAUGAAUAGAGUUACACUGCCUCCCAUAGGGACCACCUUCAGGCACACCGGCCAGCAUGCGCAUGCAUUCAGGUACACUCUUCUUGCACACACACCCUGGCACAAAUGCAUAACCCCACACACAUUCAUGGUGUGAAUGUGUACACCUCCAAGACAGAUAUGCACACCCAGCACAAAAAAAGCACCUACAGACAUGUAUGUAUGUACGUAUACACGGGCAUGAAGCAGAGAGUGGACAGUGCUUGUGAACAGAUAUAGCCGUACAUCCCUGUGGAGAUGAUGGAGGAAACCCAUACUCACACAAACCACUUCCUAUAGGGGUCAGACACAUACAAGAUUGGACACACAGUCUGCACACCUUUGGAGGCUUCCUUCAUGCCCAGGGCACUCUGUGCCACAGGGCCAAAGUCCAGCCCUACCUUCCUCCUAUUGCAAAAGUCCCUAGGUAGGGGGGCCAGGAGUCAUGAGUCCACGGCAGCAGCUGUGUUGGUCUCAAAACAUGGUUCCCACCUACUUCUGCCAGGGAUGCUGUUUCAGGAGAGCAGAAUACUUAGAAUAUAGCAAGAGUCUAGGAAGAGAAGAGCUGGGACUCUUUAGGAAAGAUUCUUAGGGCCUCUACUAUCCCUGCACAAAGGAGACAGGCUGUGUGGGGUUGGGGGGAGACACUGGUUUUCCCAAGACAAGAGUCCCUCUUUAGACUAGUGGAGGCCAAAGAGGGCUCUGGUAGGUAAUGAACUGUCCAGGGACAGCGCCUAGUCACAGUUCCUAGUCAUCAAAGGAGCUGCAGCCUGUGGGAACUCCUAAAGAACAGCAUCAAGCCAGGAGUGGUGGCACACACCUGUAACCUGUAACACCAGCACUUGGAUGCUCCAAGAGGAGCUCUGCUGAAGUUCAAGGCCAACUGGGGCCAGCCAGGGCUGCAGUGAGACCUUGUUUCAAAACAGAACAACCAAGGAAUAGCAUUAAGUUAGGCAUGGUGGCGCGUGUGUGUAUAUAACCUCAGCAUCUCAGCACAAGGGAGGCAGAAGCGGAAGCGGGAGGAAUAGGAGCUUGAAGACAGCCUAAAGAGGGAGAGAAAGAACACUGGAACAUGCAUGCAAACAAUAAGGCAAGUUUGUAGAGGGCCUGGGGAAAGACUGUCUCUCCAGGACCACCUGGAGAUGGGUGAGGACCGAUGCAUUGCUAGAACCAGCCUCAACUGGUUCCUCCUCCCCAACCUCUCAGCUUAUUUAUCCAAAAAGUGUAUCCCCUGAAGUUGUCUUGGGGAAUACACUCCUUCUCAGUCCAACAUGGGUCCUGUUCCCAUAGUACAGAAUAGGAAACUGAGGCUCAAAAAGGAAUUGCCAACCAACUGGAUGUGGUAGUUCAUGCUUAUAGUCCCAGUCCUUGGGAGACUGAGACUGAGUAAGUUCCAGGCCAGCCUGGGUUACAGAAUAAGAACCUGGGUCUCAAACAAAACAAAACAAAACAAAAUGAAUGCUUUAACAAGGUCAUGCGGUUUGUCAAUGCAGAUCCAGGAUUCAAACCCAUAGCCGUCUGCUCCACACUCCUGCUUCUGCCACCACCAUCACCACCACACUCCCCAUUUCCUUCAAGUCAAACAUAUCCCACUCUAUUCUGAAGCCUGCUACUUCUUCCUUUAUCUUCUCAACAGAGCAUGUAGGGGAAGCAUCAUGCUUGCCUGGCCCUGCAGGUUUACGGGUAGGGCAAGGAGAUGAAAGAGGCCAGAGACAUCACUGGGGGUAGACAUAUAACCACCACCCUAGCCCUAGCAUGAUGCCCACCUACCAGGCAGGCAUGGCCUGGUGACUCAGCCGCAUCCGGGGAAGAUGCCAGGGCAGUGACUCACCUACCGAGAAGAGCUGAGUCUGGUACUUUGCCAGCCCCGGGACAGAAGCGACUUAGUCACUACCAGGGCUGUGCUGCCCAGCAGGCAUGGCCUAAGGAUCAGGGACAGGGGCCAGCUAUGUCUUCCCUGGUUACAUGCGCCCCCUGGUGAAGGCAGGCCUCACUCAGCAUCCAGGACUGAGUUGUGGCUCAGCUGGCCCCUACCUCCUCACUAUGCCCAGCCCCACGAUACCAGCUCUGCUCUAGUGCCAACAAGUUUAGUGAGACCCUUGGGCAGGAUUGCCCCGCCCCCUUGCAGCCUGCCCCCCUGCCCAUCACUCACCACCCACUCUCUGACUUACCCCACCUCCUCCUGCCACCCAAGUUGUACCCAGGCUAUGAGUCUCCUUUAAACAUGUCCUGGCAGCACCCCUGCCCCCACAGCCCCUCUCA